AUGGACGUGCCACCUGUUCCUAGCCAUAGACCAGGCCGAGAAACUGACGUGCCUAAGGUUCCAAGCUCGCGCCCAAGAAGGUCGGAAUCCUCCGGUUUGCCCGAAUUAGAAAUUCCAGCGGUGCCUUCCACGAGGCCAAAGCCGAAGGACGAUGGAGAUACAAAAAGCAGCAAAGGUUCUCUUGAGGCUGAAAACCCGCCAGUACCAGCUGUUCCAGCGACAAGGCCUCGAAAAGCGGCCACUCUGGACCACAUUAAAACAGACUCCAUGGUGGAACCUCCUCCCAAAACGCCAACGUACCAAAAUGUCUUGGAUAUAUACGCUCAGAGUCCAGAGCUAACGAAGAAAGGAGAAAGGGAGAGCGUUCCGAAAAACGAGGAGACUGACAACGUUGGUGAACUUGACGGAGACCCGAAAGAUGCACAAUCGCACGAAGCAGCGAAUGAAACUGAAUGUCUAGAGCCUAUUUCGUCAGUUACAGCGCAGGCAAAUGAGACCACUGAAGAAACAACGGUGGACGAGAGUAGGAACCGAACCUCUGGAAUGGCAGAGGCUGUUGGAAAUAAUUCAAAUGAGACUAAGGGCGAGCUAUCGCCUGAACAAGAAUCCCCUGUCACAAAAGAAAAAAGCAACUCUACUCUUAAUGGGCCAGAACCACUCAAGAACGAGGAAUCUACACCGGAUGAGGAUCAUCAAUUACCCAAAUUAAACGUUUUAGUGUCUGAUCCUGCUUCCAACCUAAACAUCCUGGAGCCUGCCGAUGACUCGAUCCCCAAAAGGUCAUCCGAUGUGUCUUUGGGUAUUUCGCCUCGGAGUUCAACAGAAUCGAAUAAGCCUGCAGUUCCUAAGAAGCCGUCUUCUAAGAUUGCAGCCUUUCAGCAAAUGCUCGCUGAAAGACAGCAGCAAGAUAUGGGGAUGUUUAAGCCAAAACCUCCUCUUCCAACAAAGAGACCUUCACAAGCAGCUGAUGAUUCUGAGCCUUCUGACACCGGCUCCCAGCAUGCAAGAAAGCCUCUUAUGGGAUUUCCUUUGCCUGGUAUGGCAUUUCCUGGAAUUUCCGUGCCAGGAAUGCCCUUCACGAAGCCUGAAAAUGAUGAUGCUACUGAUCACGUUGCAGAUGUGAGGAAAGGGAGGGUCAAAGGGCCCAGAGGGCGCAAACUACCAUCUCGUGUGAAAGACAGCGUACAAGUCAAUGACGAGACACUUGGAAAUAAGCUCAACAUCAUUGUGACAACGUCGUGGGGUAUCGACUUGAGGAAGCUUGUAAACUCGGAUGAUGAGCUACAAAAUCAUCCUUUGCUUCCGGUUGAUGAAGAUAAAGACAGUGAUAGCUCAACAACUGAAGCUCAACAAACAGGAAACUUAGAGGAAGAGCAACACGAGAACAUUCUUCACGACGAAGAUACUGAGGAUGUGAACGAAGAUAGGCCAGAUCUUGAAGUUGACGAUGCGGGGAUCGGAACCACAAAAGAGUCAGCUUCUCCAUCUCUGGUGGAAGUGGACUUGAAGAAUGAUGUACAUGACCUCGACUUGGAGGGGCUUGCACCAACCACGUCGAAAUCUCAAGAAACUGAGUAUUCUCUCGAAAAAAAUUGA